AUGGGCAAAUCACCUAGUGUCAACAGUGCAUCACCUGAGGAAGCAGAGGCAUCUCAAACUGAAUCAUCAGCUUCAUCUGAUUCAACCAGUGACUCCUAUGAAAAGACUGACUGUGAUAAUUCAGAGUCAGUUGCUUCAGUGGAAUCAACAAAUGAAUCAUCUGAAAUAGUUGAUUCAAAUUCGAUCAAAGAAGAAUCAGAAACAACAUCAGGAGCCUCUGUUGAGUUAGAUGGUAAUGAAACCACAGGAGCCCCUGCUGAAUGUUCAAAAGAAAAUAAUUCUGAUUCUUCUGAACCAAUUAUGUCACAAGAAGCUGAGAGCAAUUCUGCAGCAUCAAGUGACACUGCUUGUGAGAAAAUUAAUGAUACUAACCCUAUUGCUUCAAAUGCAGACCAAGUAAUUAUUGAGGAUUGGGUUGAGGGGGAUGGUGUUGUUUGUCAAAAAGCUGACGAUGUUUGUCCAAAAACAUCAAAUUUAUCUGCUGAUGCUCCUCCUUAUGUGAGAAAGGAUGCUUCUGAGCCAGCUUUGAGAGGCCCUUCAAAUAAAUAUGUGCCUCCAAAGCCAACAGUUAAAAAUGAAAAUGCUAAAUCUAGUGAAUGUGCUAACUGUUGUAAACAAAGACAUAUGAAGCAGGGCAGAAAGGUUGAACAAUUUACAAACAAAUCAUCCAACAAAUCGUAUAACUCAUACUCAGCAUCGGUUGGAUGGACUGGAUCGGGAUAUGCUCCUUACGUAAAGAAGCAAACCUGCUACAACUGUGGCAUACCCGGUCACAUUGCAAGAAACUGCACACAUCAUCGAUUUUUUUGCAGAAAUAAGGGGUUUGAACCUCCAAAGAGUGCUUUUAGGUGGGAUUCAAAAUUAUGA